CUGACACAGCACGCUGAAGGAUUUUCCAUUAAUAUUUCCGAAUUUUCGCUCAGAAAGUUGUCAUUUUACACCGUAUUACCAGUGUGCCAGUGUAAAACUGGGUUGGCACUGUGAGUUCCUCAUACCUGAUUCAUCUAACAUCCUUAUGACUAUGUCGGGAGAAUGGAUUUCAAUGCUCCGUUUCCUAUCAGCAAUGGAAACGGCAGUGCGAAAAAUAAUGGUGUCAAUUUGAAUAACCCUCCAUCCGCACAGAGUACGAGUACCACUGGACUUCUGUCAGGGUUUGAUACUCUGUUCAAUAGUUCUAGUCCUGUGCCAUCUUAUGCAAACGAUCCUUUGUGUGGGGCUGAUCUCGAUUCCUUCUUAGCAGAACAAGGCCAGGAAUUUGGCCAAACUGAAGACAUUCAGCCACAGUUGGCUAAGUCAUCUGCAGGUAUUAAGGUUUUGAAAAAUGGUAGUGCCAAAUCGACCCCUUUGCAGAAUGCUUUGUUUGCUGCUGGUGUAAAUAAAGACGGGAACAAGUCUGUCAAUCCUGUGCCUUUAAAAAGUGAGACCAAAAAAAUGUCUGAUUUGGCUGCAGAGGAAAAUUUCAUGGGGUUUCAACCCCUUGAUUCUAAUGGAAAUACAAGAGACGGGUCGCCCAGGGUAUCGCCGUUGAAAAUGAAGCGUUCUUCAGCUGGUGAUAAUAUGGAACAAGGUUCUGCUGACACUUCAACAGAAAGUGAAAGCGAUGCAUCAGAGUCUGAAACUGAUUACAAAUCGGCAGAAGAUGGGGUAGAUGCGGCUGAUCCUGAUGCCGAGAUGGUUGUUGAUGAACAAAAGGACAGUGCUGCAGAGGUAGAUGAUGAUGAUGAUGAUGAUGAUGGUGGGAUGGAGGUUGAUGAGGCGGUGGGAGAUGAUGAACCCAGGGGCAGGGAUUUGUCAGAUGCGACUGAAAUUGAGAAAAAAGCUGCUGCUGAGACUGAGGAUGCAUCUGACGAGCUUUUAACUGAAAAAAAAGCAGCUGAGGCUGAAUCAGAUGAUGAAGCUGAUAAGAAAGAUAAAGACUUGGAUAAAAAUGGUGCUGACAUGACUGAUGCUGAGGAUAGGAAUGCAGCCCAAAAGGAGGCUGAUGGGCAAGAUGAAAAUGUGACAGACAGUGAUACGGAUAAAUUGAAUGAGUCAGAAUCGGCCGAUGAGGAUUCAAACCAGGAUCAUUCUUAUUCACAAAAAAAGAAUAAUGAUGUUGUGGAUAAAAUUGAUGUGGAUACAGAGACUGAGGACGAAGGGAAAUUAGUGAUUGAUGACGGUGCGGGUGAUGAAACAAUUGAAUCAAAAGACGGCGCUGAUGAUGGUCAAUCAAGUGAUGUUGAUAUUGAGGGCACGAACGGUACUAAAUCGCCACGUGAUACUCUAAUUCUUUUCAAGAAGCAGAAAAAGACUACCGUUGACAUUGGAUUUACGUCACAGACACCGGAACUGCCGGAUUUUACAGAUUCAAAGUCGAUGUGUUGGUGUGGUGGAGAAGAGACCCCAGAGAUGAUCGCGUGUGACAGUCCUCGCUGCAAGAUCAUUUGGUAUCAUUACAACUGUGUCAAUGUGAAACCUGAUGACAUCCCGGAGGGGGACUGGUACUGCCCGACGUGUAAGGGAAGUGGCUUAGACAACAAGGAGAGACCACCAGACACAGCUAGAUUCCAUGUAAAGCUGUCUGAAGAUGAUGAAGAACCCAAUAAACGUCGGCGGAAACAAACAUUGAAGGCGAGGGAGGCUGCCACUGAGUAUGAUAUUGACUUUGAGAUCACGGUCAAUGAUGAUGACAGCGAGCACAAUCGCUCUUUCAGCAGGAAGGAAAUGGUUGAUGAUCCACUGACCGGAGGCAAGGUUUUCAAAAAGGAAAAAAAAACACCAAAAGUCAAAGUAGUUCGUGAGUUCGAUUCAGGCAGUGAGGGUGAAUUUGAACUUCCCAGCUGGCAUGGAAACCCAAAGGAGUUGUUUGAAGGUUUGCAGAGACCACACGGACCAAGAGCAAUCAAGUUAAAGAAGCCCUUUGACCAUGGUUGGGCCCGGGAAAUUGUGGUGCGAUUCAAGUAUGAAAAUUUGAAAGGAUCAGGCAGACCGCCAAUGGAUGUGUACUACUUCACCCCCGAGGGGAAGAAAUUGAGAUCCCUCGUCCAAAUUGCCGAUUAUUUGACAGAAACUAAUGAAGAUUUUGGCCUGACAACUGAUAACUUCUCCCUCAAUCGCAUCCCAGUGCACAAGGAACCCUGGGAAAACAUUCGCAUGGCUAACAUAGGUCGUAGUGCUGGCUCAGCCAGAGGAGCCCAGUCGAAGCGUGGCCGACCAUCAAUGGGCCGCGGCAAAGGCAAACCAAUUAUGGCGAGUAUCAAUAGACCAAUAGGAAGGCCACCAAAGAACAGCCCAGGAGGAAGUCCAAGACCAUCGUAUAUGCCUCUAACAGAAGAAAAAGAAGAACCCAAGUCAUUUCCGGAGAUGUUAAACUUGAAGCCAGUAGUUCAAAAACCGCAAACUGAUACGCCAACUGGUCCUGCUGUUCCCAGUCAGAAAGCACGGAAGAGUUUCCGCCCGAUGGAAUUGUCCAAGCGUUUGCUAAAUCCGCUUGAACAUUCAAUGCCUGAUCCUAAGAGACCUAAGUUGAAAGCUGUGCAGGGAGACCGCCAUGAGAACCACAUACAGUUGCACAACGAGGGAGGAUUCCGGUUAUGCUCGCUUGACUGUGUUGGCCGGGCAGGCAAGGCCCCAGAACUUCACUGUGGCGUCUGCAUGUGUCUUUUCCACCCAGAAUGUGUACAGUUUGUUGGAAACACGAAUGCUGCUUUGUUUGUUUGCAAUCGAUGUCGCAAGCAGCCAGUUGACAGCAGUAAGAAACAGCCAGUUGUGAUUACGGGGAGUAUGUUUGCUACUGGUAGCAAAUAUACGCCAUCGGCAUUGAGUGGCCUAAAGACGCAGCUCGCACAAAAUACUUCAGUAGACUUCUCAAACAUUCCGAAAACGAUUGAAUCAAUGUCGGAUAUCAUGAUGCCAUUAACAAUAGAGAAGGCCAGUCAUGACAACGAGACACCACAGAAUAUGCCGAUGCAGCCUUUGGGCAGUCCCAGGGUUCCACCACCCCCUCUACUCAAGCCUAUGACUGUUGCAGCUCACCUCAAGAGUAUGGAGCAUGAAAGUAAAAAGCAAAAUGUUGUGUCAUGGUCAUUCACGGACGGCAAUUUGAAAUUUACGAACACCAUGCCGAAGCCUCCGCCAUUAAAGACUGUACGUGCACCACUAGGACAGCUGCCAUCGCUGACGACAAUGCCAACACUGGCAUCCAAACCGACCACUGUUGCGAUGAGCCCAACUUCUCUUUGUCCGACAUCAGUGUCGGUUGUCCGUGAUGCAGUGAAUAAUCACUUAGAACAGUCGACGUCUGCGGUUGGAGUGAGUGGGGCGCCGACAAUAAUGACCAGUGCGAAUUCUAAUGACAUUCGGAUGGCGGGACAGUUACUCACACUCCCCGGUAAUAUCAUUAAUCGUAUCAAAAUGAAUGAACCAUUGGCGCUCAAAAUCAACAACCAAUCGUUAGUAGUGAAUCCGGACUGUUUCGUUCAGACAUCUCACGGAGUUAAGAUAUUCCUGCCCCCGAAUACAUUACCUGUCCAAACGGGCAACAAAACAAUAAACAUCACAGUUCCGCAGACAUCAUCUUCAGUCAUGCCUGCAACGACUGUUUCACAUUCCAUUACUUCUACUAUUCAGGCUUCGUCUUGUACGCCAAUAGUCGUUGGAUCGAACGCUAGUACAGUUUUACCGGGAAUACAAAAAAAUGCCAUGCCAGAAAUGGCUCAACCUGCAUUUACGGACCCCGUUUCAAAUGUGUCUCCUUUGAAAUCUGAAGCAGAGCAGAAUGCCUCUGUGCAAUCAAAAAGUGUUUCUCCGGAUUUGCCAUCUCAGCCUGUAAUGAUUGGGCAAGGACUUGUACCAGUUCGAAUGGAACCGCUACCAGCCGUUUUACCCCCUAAAAGGACCCAGAGGAAGACUCGGGGAAUUAAUCCAGCACUUAACUUUAUCAAACAGUUACAUGGAGGAUAUGAUAGCUUACUGCAGAUCUUCAGCUAUCUCUCGGUGCCAGAUCUCUUGAAAGUCAGCCAGGUGUGUCAGCGAUGGAGGAGCAUAGUAACGGCGUCAUGGAUGUGGCGGACUGUGAGGUUACGCGGAAAUUAUGUCACAAAUUGGGACACUGCCAUGAAUUUUCUACAAAAAGUUGGAACAAAGAAACUGGAUCUCCGGGGUUUGCGCCAUAUUGAUGACCGUAAUCGAACCUGGCACCAGAUUACAGGUGUCCUGGAUAAAAUGACAGAUCUGAACGUGAUUCACUUUGGCCAAUGUCCUGCAAGCAUCCUGCAUGCCGUCACGGAGAAGGUCACAGAUCUCAAGGUGCUCACAGCUGAGUGGAUCACCGAAAUAUUUGAAGAGCCUCAAAUGUGGACAACCAACACCAAACUUGAUAUGGCUAAAUUUGCCAAGAUGUCACAUUUGGAGGAGCUGCGACUGCGUGGAGUCUGUGGCCUUGUUCUGCCAGCUUUCUCCUUCUCCGGUGGAUUGGAAGAAUUCUCUGAACUAAAGAAGCUCAGAAAGUUGUCCUUGACAACACUGAAGGAAGUAUCCGGCAGUGACUUCAACUUCAUUGGAAAGCUCCCCAACUUGGAGGAACUGGAGAUAGGAGAUUGUUCUCUAUGGACAGAGGAGACUUAUAGCCAUCUUUCUAGAUUGGAAAACCUGAGGAUUCUGCGUCUUGAGAAUGGAGGUGACCUGGAGGACUCAGGAUUAGCUAAUGCUCUCAAAUGUUUCAAACUGUUGACAAGACUUGAGCUUGUAAUGUUUGUCAUUCCAUCAACAUUGAAAGAUACUCUCUCAGGAUUGACGAAUCUGAAGGAGCUUUCAGUGUGGCCAGAUCCACGAGAUCAGCCUGCCCUUGUCAACACAAAUACCCUAAAUGCUGUCAAGAACUUAACGCACCUGACCAAGCUUGAAUGGGGUGUUGUGACAUCAGAAGACAGUGAAGAAAGGGCAGAGAGUGACGAGCAUGGCAAUUUACCAUUUCUGCGGUCAGCAUUCGUGGAGAAAAAGACGUCUGAGAAAUCAGAUUCGAAGGUGAAAAGUGAAAAGACUUCUGAGGGUGAGGAGAGUGGAACUACACAUACUGCCAUGGAAACUGAGCAUCAAGGAGAUGAAAAUGUUGGUGAGACGGGUGAAGUGUCCCAUUCUCCGACAUCUGAGGAAGUGAUUACGACACAAGAACUUCAUGAUCGCUUAUCCGGGAUGUUGAUCGAGACGAAGGUCACUAUUAAUGACGUAGCAGUGUUGUCGUCGCAGAAUGGACGGUCGAGAACAAAGUCAACGUGAAGCUGUUAAAACGAACAUUCCUCCUUUGACAUUGGGAACCUUGUAGAUUCCGAACAUCUUUUUUUCAGUUUUUGUCUUGAAGUCAUUAAAGACAAAACACAUCAUUUCUGUGAAGUAGUCAUCUAUGUUUUGAUUGAAUUCUGUAACAAUCAACUAUGUGUCAACAACAGUCAACACAACGGAAUCAUAGUUUUUUUGGACAAACUCUUUGCUUGUCGGCUGGUAGAUUUUGCUGUAUAUUCCAAUAAACUGUGCUUGCUCUAUCUGUAAAGCCAUGCUAAUCAAUAUAAGACAGGCAAAUAUAUGUACAAUGUGCUAAUGUGACCACACCAAUUGCAAUACAUGAAUGUCACCUCGAAAUUAAAUGAGCCAAGAAAAGACGAUCGCUGUGCUAAAAUUCCAUAUUGGUGAAGGGCGGUUUUCAGCCAAAAUGCAAGAUUUUCAUUCACACUUUCAAGUUGUACAUAAAAGUAAUGGAAAUUAUUAAUUAACAAUUAUCAAAUAUACUGUCACUAUUUCAGAUUGUCCUAUCACAUACAUUUGUAUUCCACUGACCUUAUAAAGUGAAAAAAGAGUAUUAUUAACUGUGCUGUGCUUGUAGAUUUUGAUGUGUAUGCUUCGUUGCGGCACUGCAUAUUACCAUUGGGUAUACAUGUUAUACCAUUCAAUCACAGAAGUGCAUUUCCAAGUAAUGUAUCCCGAGGCAUUUAUCUUGUGUAAAAUCGGUCUCAAUGUAUGUGUAUAAAGUUUUGUUUGUUUCAAUUACCGAUAUGUCCGAGUUUUCAGGUUCUCUUCUGAGGCCAAUUCAUUAAAUGGAUGCAUUUCAGUUGAAGCCCGGGGGAGGGGGGGUAAUAACCAUCAACUGUAUCUCAUUCUCAGCAGAAGUUUACAUUAUCUAGAAAUUGUAGAAAUGAUGGAAAACCGACUUUGAUGUUCAUGUACACUCGCAUACAAUGGGGUAACUUUGAUGUACAUGCACGCUCACGUACAUGUACAAUGGGGUAAUUUCGAACACCAUCUGCAGAUACAUGUAUUUAUCAUCAGAACAAUACUUUCUUGGAGGUGUUCAAAAUCACCCCAUGUGACAGAACUUCGAACUGAUGCUGUAAAUAGAUAAUCCUGCAUGAAAUUGGUGGAUUUGUUUUAAGUAUUUUUUUUGUAAUGGUGUAGUCAACGCAAUAAACUCGCAUUUUUCAUA